GCACACUCCUCAUCAGCUGUUAAAAAAACUAGAGUAGUCAGAACACAUGUAUUAGUAAACAAACCAAAUUAAAAAAAAUGUCAGGUCAAUUAAAAUAUAAAAAUAAAUUUAUCAAAAAGAAUGUUUUGGAAAAACGUUUAAAAAGUUUUGCAGCUAUGCGUGCAGGCCGCAUAGCUAAAAGAAUAAAAGCCAGCGCUUCUUCAAAUAAUGUAUCUGGGCGACGUAUUGUUGAAUUAGAUACCCUCGCCGAUAAUUUAGAAUGUCAUAAGUGUGGCAAAGAGCUUUCUUUAAAAAAUAUAGUUGACGAGACGCACUCAGGUUUGAACUCGAUUCUGCAUAUUGUAUGCUGUCAGUGCUCUGAAUUAACCAAAGUUUCCACAGGAAAAACACAUACCACUGAAAACAAUCAUAAACACUCGGACAUAAAUACAAAAGUUGUAUUCGGAGCCAUUCAUUCAGGAAUUGGUUGCGUCGGAUUAAACAAAUUAUUAUCUUGUUUAAGUAUUCCCACGAUAUCUGAAGAUUUGUAUAAGCAAUAUGAAAGCGAAAUAGCGCCAGUACUCGAAGAAGUUGCAAAAGAGUCUAGCGAGAAAGCUGCUGAAGAAGAGCGACCAGUUGGUUCUAAAACAAGCUGAUAAAUUACAUCAGGAAUUGAGGCAUCACAAAAUCGAAAGAUAUGAAGGAAUUCUGCCAGAUUAACAGUCUUUUAUGCAGAAGAAAAAUGUAUCGAUGAUAAAAUUCCUUGUGAGUACAAAAGUGAAGAUGGAAUCUCUACAAUUAAUUUAAGUUCAUGAAGGGAAAAAAAAUUUCUAGUGUAAUUAAGUUAUUGAAAUAUACAAGCUAUUUUUUGA